CAUUCCACACCAAUUUUCCUUUUCGAUUCCAUAAAGUUCUUCAACUUUUUCCUCUCAAAAUUCAGUGAAAUGGGUACUGCAAAGCUGCUGCUGCUGCUGCUAAUGCUGGUUUCUCUGUCUCUGAUGGCGGCGGCCGGGAAAUCCCCCAGUCACCGCCACCGCCACCGGCGGCUGGAAGCUCACACCCACAUGAAGAAGCUCAAUAAACCGCCUCUCAAGUCCAUCAAGAGUCCAGACGGCGAUAUAAUCGAUUGUGUUCAUAUGGCUCAUCAACCAGCUUUUGAUCAUCCUCUUCUCAGAAACCACACGAUUCAGAUGAGACCAAAUUUUCAUCCAGACGGGGUUUUCAGUGACAGUAAAGUAUCUUCAAAAGCUUCGAUGACUCAAUUAUGGCACUUGAAAGGAAGGUGUCCAAAAGGGACGAUUCCCAUUAGAAGAACGAAAAGAGAUGAUAUUUUAAGAGCAAGCUCUGUGGAAAGCUACGGCAAAAAGAGGGCUCAUGCCACUGUGAAACCAAACUCCAUUGAUAUCGAUUUCAAUGGCCAAAAUGGACAUCAGCAUGCAAUAACUUAUGUUGAAGGAGGACAAUACUAUGGAGCUAAGGCAACUAUGAACGUUUGGUCACCCAAAAUCGAACAGACCAACGAAUUCAGCCUCUCGCAGAUUUGGAUUCUUGGAGGAACUUUUGGGGAAGAUCUUAAUAGCAUUGAAGCUGGUUGGCAGGUUAGCCCUGAUUUGUAUGGAGAUAACAAUACUCGACUCUUCACUUAUUGGACUAGUGAUGCAUAUCAAGCCACUGGCUGCUACAAUCUGCUCUGUUCUGGGUUUGUCCAAAUCAACAAUGACAUAGCCAUGGGUGCCAGCAUUUAUCCCAUUUCUUCUUACAGAGGCUCUCAAUAUGACAUUAGCUUGCUCAUCUGGAAGGACCCUAAAGAAGGAAACUGGUGGAUGCAAUUCGGGAAUAGCCACGUUUUGGGGUAUUGGCCGGCGUUCUUAUUCUCAUACCUCACCGACAGCGCCUCCAUGAUCGAGUGGGGCGGCGAAGUCGUCAACUCCGAACCCGAUGGCCAACACACAUCCACUCAGAUGGGCAGCGGCCACUUCCCCGACCAGGGCUUCGCCAACGCCGCCUACUUUCGUAACAUCCAGAUUGUCGGGGGUUCCAACAACCUCCGGGCGCCGGAGGACAUUGCAACGUUCACGGAGCAACCAAGUUGCUACGACGUUCAGACCGGCAAGUCCGACGACUGGGGCAACUACUUCUUCUACGGCGGCCCUGGCAGAAAUCCAAACUGCCUUUGAUUUUAAAUUAUCAAAUAUAUAUAAAUGCAUUUCUUGUGCAUUAUUAAUUAAUUAAUUAUAUAUAUAUAUAUAUAUAUUUAGAUGUUUCUUUUAACUCAUCAAUGCUUUCCUAUUAAUCUCUUUGGGAAAAUUGUGUA